GAGGAGGCGAUGAUCGGCAUCAGAACGCAGCUGCUGGAUGUAAGCAAUUAGCAAAUUCUAUAUUAAUGGAAAACGACAGCCAUUGUUGUCCUCGCACGCCCCGUUGCUUCCUUAAUCAUCGUAAUAAAUUUAUGCGAUUUGGACCGACAUGGGGCUGGACUUUGGUUGGGCACUCUCAGACACCAACACCACGUCGGGAUUUGGGGAUUAAUCUUCUGCGCCGAGAAAGCGACUCAUUCUUACGGUCGCAGUCAGAACCAUGGAAGAUGGUCUGAAAUUGACCAAAUGGGGAUACGAAGUUAUAACAUCAUCCGACUCUUGCAUCUCCGCCAUUAAUGCAUUCUAUGACCAGGUGCUUAGUUACGGGAGGAGGAGGUCUGUGAUUCUGGAGGCGCCUGUUCAUGACAAAGACUGUGUGCUUGCGAAUGUUUUCGCUGCCUAUUUCCUUUCAUCCUCCGAUCCUUCGCGAGUUCAUCAUCAUCUCCAAGCAGCCAAGGCCCGUCUGGAUCGUGCAACCCCUUACGAGAAAGCCGUUUAUGACGCUAUCAGUUGUUUGAUGUCCAACGACAGAGACGAUAAUGUUGCUGUUGAAUUGCUCACUCAGUUGCUUAAAAGUUUUCCAAAGGAUCUAUUGUCUUUGAAAAAGGCUCAAGUGCUAUGCUUUUACAUGGGAAAUCCCGAUCUAUCUUUGGCUUUGGUUCAACAGGUUUUACCCCAAAAUCAAGAAGAAGGAUUCAUUUAUGGCAUGCUAGCUUUUCCUCUGUUGGAGAUUGGUUGCAUGGAAGAAGCUGAGAAGGCUGCAAAAAGGGGACUUGAUAUCAACAAGAAAGAUGGUUGGGCACAGCAUGCGUUAUGCCAUGUUCUUCAAUAUAGGUGUCGGUUUAAGGAAGCGGUUGAGUUUAUGGAAGCAUGCUCGCCUACGUGGAGUGACUGUUUGUCGUUCCUGGUGACACAUAAUUGGUGGCAUGUGGCUCUCUGUUACCUGGAAGCCAAUUCUCCAUUGAGUAAAAUCCUUGAAAUAUAUGACAACUAUAUAUGGAAAGAGUUGGAAAAGCCUGAUGCUAUGGGACCAGAUGUAUACUUGAAUGCCCUUGGUUUGAUGUUGCGGUUGUUUGUUCGUGGUGAAUUUGGUCCAUGUGAGGGUCGUCUGAAGAUCUUGGCCAAUGUUUUAACCGAUAAGGCUAACUGGCAUCUAGAGUGGCACUUUGACUUGUUGACAACAUGGGCUUUGGCUAAAAGUGGAGAGAUUUUUGCAGCAGAAGAGUUACUUGGGAGCUUGAAGUCCCGAAUGUUGAAAAUGACGCCGAAGAAACAAGAAAAGAUGCAAAGAGGAAUGCUGCUUGCAGAAGCUCUCUACAAGUACGGGAGAGGAGAUUACAAACGCGCAUUAGACUUGCUUGGUUUGGAUUUUGAUGCAAAUGAUUGCAAGAUGAUUGGUGCAUCAAAUGAACAACUCGAUGUAUUUAAUGAAGUAUGGUACGACAUUUUGAUGAACACAGGGCAUGCUGCAAAGGCGAUCGAAGUAAUCGAGAAACAGAUCAAGAAAAGGGAAGAAGCCCCAUAUCUGUGGCGCCUUCUGGAGAGAGGGUACAGCAAACUUGGAAGGCCAGAGGAAGCUGCCAUUGCCGGAGACAAAGCCAGGAGCUUGGAGAAGGCUCAUUUCAAGUAAUUACCAUGAAGUGUUCAUGAUGUUCUAUCAAAGUGUGUUUGUUUUUUGGACAAAUUUUAACCCACGGAUAGAUUACUGCCUGUGUAAUCUUGAAGUUGACCGCCGCUGCCAUGUAAAAUAUGAGUUGAACAAGACAGAACGACACGGAAAAGGGAUGUGAUUCGGACAUGUAAUUUAUCUCUUGAAGAGUGGAAUUAUGAAAUUAGUGGCUUUCU